AUGAAGGUCCAGCACGACGACGUGGUGGAGUAUCCAGGGGGUCCACCACAGGCGUUGAAGGUAGGUGUGGACUCGCGGCAUUUGCAUGGCCGCGUAGGAUACGAUUUAGAGACAGGUGAGACGUUGUGGGUGCCGCGACCGCUGUCAUUCAAGAUGACGCGGGAGCAGAAGCGAGAUGCGCAUGAGGGUUACUGUUUCAACCGUCGAGUAAGUGAGUCGUUGGCGCUGGAUCGCGAGAUAGCGGAUUACAACACGGCUGAGUGCAAGGCCAAGGACUACGGUGACGUGGAACUUCCUCGAGCGGAUGUGGUGAUCGUGUUCCACAACGAAGACUUAUCGGUAUUGCUACGUUCCGUUCAUUCAAUUCUUAAUAGGACGCCGCCGGAGUUGUUGGGGGAAAUUGUGCUAUUCAACGACGCUUCCAACGAUACGAGUCAUAGCUGGCUGUUCACCGAGUUGCCAUACCACGUAAAAAACUUACCAAAAACGCGUCUCAUUUACGGGAGCAGACGUCGAGGGUUGAUGAUGGCACGGAUCGAAGGAACACGAUACACAUCAUCACCGGUAGUCGUAUACCUGGAUUCGCACAUUGAGUGUGCUAGGGGAUGGAUGGAGCCGAUGGUGUAUGAGAUUGCGAAGAAUCGAAAGACGAUUGUAACUCCGAAAAUACACACUAUCGAUGCGGACAGCUUUGAAUAUGAGAAGAAUGCCCUUGGUACCCUUAGCUUUUCUUGGUCGCUAGGUCAGACACAUCCCCCUAACCAGUCUGAGUUCGAGCCGAUUGCGUCGCCGGUUAUGGCGGGUGGCUUGUUCGCUGCAGACAAGUCUUGGUUCAUCGAUGACCUGGGCGGCUACGACCCCGAAAUGCGGUUGUACGGCGGCGAGGAGAUGGAGAUCGGGUUCAAGACAUGGACUUGUGGCGGCCAGCUGCUCAACGUGCCCUGCAGCCGAGUGGGCCACGUGUUCCGAACGGCGGAAUACUGGAAGGGCCAGGUCUAUAAAGUGCCGAUGGAAGAAAUCCUCAGGAACAAGAGACGAACGGCAAUGGUCUGGCUGGAUGAGUACUUUGAAAUUUUCAAUAUUGUCUCUGGCAAUCUGCCCAAGGGUAUGGAUGUAGGUGAUCUGUCAAUGGUUUGGGAAGUUCGGAAACGACUUGACUGCAAGCCUUUCAAAUGGUUCCUUGAUAACGUAGCCGUUGAUGUCUGGGUACCGAACCUGGAAACCGCCCGUCGUGGCAGCCUCUUCAGCGCAGGCUCCGUGCACCAAGGAGGCCGCGCUACCGACGACUCCGACGAAUACGUUGAUGAGCAGGGACGAAUCAUCGCGGGCACUUGUCUAGACAACCUCCAAACCAAGGACACUGGACCCGUAGGCACCUACGGAUGCCAUGGCCAGAAAGGGUCCCAAUCAUUCUUACUAGACGACGGCCUCCUAAGAGUCGGAGCAGGAGGAUUUAAACACUGCAUUAAACCCAAAGGCAAGACCAGUCUCGAACAAACCACCUGUAAAUCGGGCUCCUACAAUGCCUGGUCAUACGAACCACUACCAGAACUACCCUUCACUAACGUGCCAAGGAACCCAGAAUUGAAACAAGUACCCAUUGGUCUUCUCAAGUACGACAAUAUAAAUUGCCUCAGACUCGAAGAUAAUUCCGAACUGCUGGCACCUUGCGACAAGAAUGACAAAUAUCAACUUAUCGCCUUCAGCGGCUCUCUGGACGACUAG